AUUUUUACCGAAAAGACUGAACAGGGGGCGGAGACACCUUUUGUUUCUUGGGACGCUUUGAUUUCAGCAUCAUCCAUCCACAGGCAGUAGCGAAGGAAGAAAGUAGAUUGUGGAUACUGAUAGAAACAAAUGAGAUCCGACGCCUCCCAAACGGCUAAGAUAUAUCGCCAUCUUCUCAAGGCGGUCAAGAAACAUAUUGGGAAUGAAGAGAACAAGAGUCAUUUUUUAAGAUUUGUGACCUCAGAGUUCCGUAACAACAAAAAUUUGUCUGAUGAUGUGGCUGUCCAACAGAAAAUAAAACUUGCUCGUGAUUAUACUUUUCUUCUUAACAGUGUACACCAUCAGAAGGAUUUACUUUUUUCGUACAAUAUUGCCGUGGACAGAUCAGAUGAAGUGAAAAGGACUCUUGGAAAAUCUGCUUCAAGUGUUGGUCUUCAGCUUCCUGAGGUUUAUCAGCCAUAAUAAUUUGUAGUAUGAUUUUUGCAUGCAUGGAACGUCACAGUGUAUUGCUUCAGAGAAGGGGCAACUAGUGAAGGUUGCUUUAGUUUUCCUUCAUUAUUGCUAAUUACCAACCGGUAGAUUUUAGUUUGGCAACUGUUUUUUCUGAAUGAAAAUUUGCUUUCGUAUUAUUUAUCCAGAACCCAAAAACUAGUGAAGAAAAAGAGGAGAGAGACUCAGAAUAAAUUAUAUAUUCA